AUGGCUUCCCCUGGUAUGAUGCAGUCUGGUCUCUCCAGAGAACUGUUCGAGUCUUGGUGUACUGAUCCUAAAAAUGGGGUUAUUAUCGCUGGUUAUUGCGUCGAAGGCACCCUUGCGAAGACGAUCCUAUCGGAGCCAGAGGAAAUAACGACGAUGUCGGGGCAAAAGUUGCCGCUCAAAAUGUCCGUGGACUACAUCUCCUUUUCGGCGCACACGGACUAUCAGCAGACCUCGGAGUUUAUCAACAUACUCAAACCACCUCACGUUGUCUUAGUCCAUGGUGAACAAAACGAGAUGUCCAGGUUAAAGGCUGCGCUGCAACGCGAACAUCGGACGAGACUUGCAGUUCACACGCCGCGGAAUACUCAACUUCUUUCUCUUACCUUCCGAGGAGAUAAGACUGCCAAGGUAAUGGGCUCGUUAGCAGUAGACCCGUCGAAGCCAGGCGAACAGCUGCAGGGUAUUCUGGUUAAGAGGAAUUUCAACUAUCACAUAUUAGCGCCUUCAGAUCUUAAUAAGUACACGGAGUUAACUCAAUCGGAGGUGGUGCAGAGACAAUCCAUACAUUACACCGGUUCCAGUGCCCUGCUGCGUCACGUCGUGGUUCGGCUCGCGGGCACGAUAGAAUUCCUUUCGGAGACCAGGUGGAGGCUGUACAACUGUAUAGACAUGAUCAUUGAACCGCCUGUUAUCGUGCUUGAGUGGCAAGCUCAACCAGUAUCAGACAUGUACGCUGACGCGGUGGUGGCAGCGGUACUUGGCGCGUCAUCGCUAUCGGCGCCUGCGCAUCUACCGCUUGCACCCAAACUAGACAGGAUGCACUUCAAGGAGUGCGUGAUAGAGAUGCUACAAGAGAUGUUUGGAGAAGACUCCGUACCAAAGAUUUUCAAAGGCGAGAAAUUACACGUCGAAGUCAAUGACAAGCGUGCUGAUAUCGAUCUCCUAGCGCUGGAAGAAAAAGGAAGAGAGUCCUUAGAACGGAUGGUACAGUCGGCAAUAUCCAAGUUGUAUUCGGCGCUUGCGCCGGUGAAAGCCCCCCCACCACCAACAUGCUGA